AUGAAGGAUAAGAAGGGAAGACGCAAAGAUGCUAUUGAGAGAUUCAUAGAGUCUGAUCAGACGGUUGUUCUUUCGAGUUUGAACCAGUUGCGGUAUACGAUUUUGUGCGAAGGACUGCCCAAAGAAGGAGGACUGUGUCCGUAUCGAACGUAUGUCUGGUCGAUUUUGUUGCGUGUGGAGCCGUUGGAUAUUGACUACUACUCGAAACUGGUGGACCAAGGGCCGUCGGACGCGUUUUCCAAGAUUCAAAAUGACGCGUUUAGAACUUUCCAGAAAGACGAGGAGUUCAAUAAGAAGGUUUCUACUGGUGUUCUUAUGAGAAUACUCAACUCGCACGCUUUGGAGGUGGAGAGCAUGCAAUUGCACAAAUCCGAGAUCUUGGCGUCUCCAUAUGUCCAAGGAAUGAACGUCCUGGCUGCACCUUUUGCGUACGUGUGCAGGAGCGAGGUUGAAGCGUUCGCCCUUUACUCACAGCUGGUUGACCACCAGAUCCCAACAUACACCACCCCAAACCUGAUGGGGGUGCUCAACGGAGUCAAGUUGGUGGACAUAAUAUUACAAUUAAUUGAUGCCAAGCUAUACAACCAUCUCAAGUCCAAGAUGCUCACGGCGAAAAUAUAUGCGCUUCCUUCCGUUCUAACGUUGAGUGCUUGCACUCCGCCGUUGGACCACGUUCUGGAGCUAUGGGAUUUUCUGUUCAGUUACGGCGUUCAUCUGAACAUUUUCUUUGUUGUGGCCCAGACGAUUCUCAUUCGCGACGAGCUGCUGAAAUCGUCAAACCCAAUGAUCCAGCUUCGAGAGCUGCCGAAACUGGACGCACGCAAAAUUAUCAAGCUGUCUCUGACUUUGGUGAAGAAGACUCCCGAUAAGCUAUACGACCUGAUUGUGAGACAUGUGCGCGAGGAUGUGGAGGACGAGAUCGCAGAGAUGGAGUUAGCAAGUGGAUAG